AUGUGCUUUGAUGAUUGGGAAGGCAAUGCUGCUGAUGGAUCACCUUCGUGGGAAAAAAAAAAACGUAAAUUUAACAAUCUAUGUUUGAUUAGUGACAACCAUGGAUCGAAACCUUUUAUGGGUUUUCUCACUCAUAGUGAUGAAUAUGCUGGGUUUCUGAUUGAGAGGGAGAAAGCACAUUUGCCCCGGGAUGAUUACUUGAUGAGGCUGCGUAGUGGGGACUUGGACUUGGGUGCUAGAAUGGAGGCUCUUGAACUGAUUUCAAAGGUUCAUGCAAAUCAUGAUUUGGGACCCUUUAGCCUUUGUCUCUCUGUGAACUACUUGGAUCGGUUUCUAUCAGUGCAUGAAUUACAGAGUGGUCCGGAUUGGGCUGUGGGAUAUUUGGCUGUAGCAUGUGCAUCAAUUGCUUCUAAAGUGGAAGGGAAUAAAUUUACGAAAUCUAAAGAUUUACUGGUUGGAGAACCAAAUUUUGAAUUUGAUGGUAAAGCCCAUCAAAGAAUGGAACUUAUGAUGUUAAGCAAAUUGAAUUGGAAAAUGCAAGCUUUAACGCCAUGUUCCUUCUUAGACUACUUCCUCGAAAAAAUGAGUCAUGAGCAACAACUAACAGACUUGUCAUUUGCGAGAUCAGUAGAACUCGUCCUCAACAUAACUAAAUGUGUUGAUUUCUUAGAAUUCAAGCCUUCUGAAAUUGCAGCAGCAGUGGCAAUAUCUGUUUCAAGAGAAUCGCAACCAAAAGAUAUAGAUGAGGCCUUAACUUGUAUCUCCAUGGUAGCAAAGGAGAGAGUCUUGAAGUGUCUUGAUCUGAUGAGAGAUUUUUCUUUGAUUAAAGUUUCUGAUGAUUUAGGCAACGACUUGGCAUCAUUCAUACCUGAAAGCCCUGUUGGGGUACUGGAUAGUGCAUGCUUGAGCUCAAAAAGUGAUGCAUUAAUAGUUGGAUCAUAUACAGAUUCUUGGUAUUAUAGUCCAAAUCCUAAGAGGUUCAAAUCAUCUGGACCCUCUGAUGGGACUUUCUAG